AUGGCGUUCCUUGCGCGGCAUGCGUUCCAGCAGCAGCUGCUGCAGCACAAGCCGCUGCAGCGCCAUUUGCUUCUGCUGCCUACAGCACAGAAAUUCGUCUCCCUCCCCCACGGUGCAGUCCCGCUAGCGACCCGUCGGCAGCAGCAACAGCAGCAGCAGCAGCAGCGAUGUUGGGAGUGCAGCAGCUGCAGGAGCAGCAGCACCGCCCACGCCAUCUCUCAUCGGGCACUCUCCACAAGCAGCAGCAGCAGCAGCAGCAGCAGCAGCAGCAGCAGCAGCAGUGUAGCAUCGGAGUAUUGCCAUUUGCGUUUGCUCGACGAGGAGACGCAAAAUCUGUUUCCAGAGGCCCUCCCUCUAGCUGCCACCGAGGUGCCUCUCAGCAGCAGCAGCCGCAACAGCAGCAGCAGCAGCAGCAGCAGCAGCAGCAGCGAAUAUGAGACAUGGUAUUUGGCGCUGCACGGCAUAUUGGGGGGUCGCCGCAACCUGCGUAGUUUCAUCGCUGGGCUGGUGAAAGAAGUGCAUGCAGAACCCUCUCCCCCGACCAGCAGCAGCAGCAGCAGCAACAGCAGCAGCAGCAGCAGCAGCAGCAGCAGCAGCAGCAGGGCCUUUUGCUUCGAUUUAAGGGGCCACGGCUGCAGCGCUCGCGGGCCUUUGGCUGUUCAUUUGAUGGCGCGCGAUUUGUUCGCACAAAUUUUUCAACUUCUUAAGGAGACUGCAAAACAAAGAAAUAUACCUAUACCCAGCAGCAGCAGCAGCAGCAGCAGCAGCAGCAGCAGCAGCAGCAGCAGCAGCGGCAGCGAGAACGAGGGCGGGAGCGUGCUGCCUCACUGGGAAGGCAUGCGCCGCGUGCUGCUGCUGCAGCAGUUGCUGCGGGUUCGUGUGGUUUUAGUAGGCCACAGUUUUGGGGCUUUGGUGUGCAUGCAAGCAGCACUAGACAGCGCUUCGCUGCCGCUGUUUGCUGCUGCUGUUAUUCUCGAUAUUUCUUGCUCCCCCUACUUAGCUCACCCAGACAAACUAGCAGCAGACGCACCUUCAAAGGAAGCCACAACCAUCUUCUUACCUAGCAGCAACAGCAGCAGCAGCAACAGCAGCGGCAACAGCAGCAGCAGCAACAGCAACAGCAGCAGCAGCAGCAGCAGCAGCAGCAGCAAGAUUGCAUGCUGCCUAGACGUGGGUCGCCGCGUGCCGCCUCCUCGGGAGGGUAGUUAUUCUUCUGCUGCUUUAAUUGAAUUGCUGCACGACUUACCCGUGGCUCUGUUUGAAUGCAGCUCUUCUGUGGGCCGCGCGCUGCAGCAGCUACAGCCGCCGAUGCCGCCUGCUGUUAUUAACUGGCUGCUGCUGUCUCUCUGCAGCAACAACGCAAGAGAAAAAGAACUGCUGCACCUCCUCAGGCAGCAACCGCAAAUAUCAGCAGCAGAAAGACACAAGCAGGGAGUCUACCUCCCUUCAGAGCUGCUGCUCCUGCAGCAGCAGCAGCAACAGCAGCAGCAGCAGCAGCAGGAUCAGCAGCAGCAGCAGCAGCAGGAGCCGCUGCAGCAGCAGAAGCAGCAGCAGCAGGAUCAGGGUGAGCGUUUAUGCUGGCAUUUAGACUUGGAGGCGCUGCAUGCGCUCGUUGUUUUAAACCGAUCGCUGGGGCUGGCAGCAGCUCCUUUGUCUGUGCAUAACCCUUUGCUGAGUGCAGCAGCAGCAGCACGUGAGGUGUACAGACACCCUAUUUUAUUUGUGCGGGGAGAAAACUCUCCUUGGCUAAACUUCAGGCUGCAGCAGCUGUCUAUACACCGCCACUUCCCGAAUGCAGCGCUGCACACCAUUGAAAACGCAGGCCAUUGGCUGCAUGCACAGCAGCAGCAAGCCACAAUAAAAGCUGCUGCGGAGUUUAUUCGCAGAGCAACAGCAGCAGCAGCGCCAGCAGCUGCAGCAGCAGCAUCAUCCUAA